AUGGCCCGGCUGCUGCUGCAGGACGGGUCGGUGCUGCGCGGCCGCCCCUUCGGGGCCGCCGGGGCCGCCGUCGCCGGGGAAGUCGUGUUCCAGACCGGCAUGGUGGGGUACCCCGAGGCACUCACCGACCCCUCCUACAAGGCGCAGAUCUUGGUGCUCACCUACCCGCUGGUCGGCAACUACGGGGUGCCCCGGGACGAGCCCGACGCCUUCGGCCUCAGCAGGUGGUUCGAGUCCAGCAAGAUCCACGUGGCUGCACUGGUGGUGGGCGAGUGCGCAGGGACUGGGGCGCGGGGUCCCGCUGGGGUGGGCCAGGGCCGUGGGGUUGUGUCUCACAGCCCACCCGCAGGGGUGGAUACCCGGGCGCUGACGAAGAAGAUCCGCGAGAAGGGGACGCUGCUGGGGAAGCUGGUGCCGGACGGGACCCCCGAGGAGAGCCUUUCCUUUGAGGACCCCAACAAGCGGCACCUGGUGCAGGAGGUGUCGCUGAAGGGGCCACUCGUGUUCAACCCCGGCGGGUCGUUGCGCAUCACGGCCCUCGACUGCGGCCUCAAGAACAACCAGGUGCGGUGCCUGUGCAAGCUGGGGGCGGCCGUCACCGUGGUGCCCUGGGACCACCCGCUGGACACUGCAGACUUUGACGGGCUGUUCAUCAGCAAUGGCCCUGGGGACCCGCAGCUCUGCCAGGAGACGGUGUCCAGCCUGCGCCGGGUGCUGGAUGCACCCCAGCCCAAGCCGGUUUUUGGGAUCUGCCUGGGGCACCAGCUGCUCGCCCUGGCCCUCGGUGCCCGCACCUACAAGAUGAAGUAUGGGAAUCGUGGGCACAACCAGCCGUGCCUGCACGAGGACACACAGCGCUGCUUCAUCACGGCGCAGAACCACGGCUUCGCGGUGGAGGCGGGCAGCCUCCCGCCCGGCUGGGCCCCGCUCUUCACCAACGCCAACGACGGCUCCAACGAGGGCCUCGUCCACCAGCACAAGCCCUUCUUCAGCGUCCAGUUUCACCCCGAGCACUGUGCCGGACCCACGGACCUGGAGGGGCUUUUUGAUGUCUUCGUGGAGGCGGCGCGAGACCUGCAGAAUGGGGACGGCGGAGCCCGGACGGUGCGGGAGCGCCUGCGGGACUGGCUGACCUACACCAAGGUGCCGGCAGGAGGCCCAGACGUGGCCCAGCCCCGCAAGGUGCUGAUCCUGGGCUCCGGCGGCCUCUCCAUCGGGCAGGCAGGCGAGUUCGACUACUCAGGGUCACAGGCCAUCAAAGCGCUGAGGGAGGAGAACAUCCAGACGGUGCUGAUCAACCCCAACAUCGCCACGGUGCAGACCUCUAAGGGGCUGGCAGACAAGGUGUACUUCCUGCCCAUCACCCCUGAGUACGUCACACAGGUGAUCCGGAAUGAGCGCCCCGACGGGGUGCUGCUGACCUUCGGGGGGCAGACGGCCCUGAACUGUGGGGUGGAGCUGACCAAGGCGGGCGUGCUGGAGCAGUACCACGUGCGGGUGCUGGGCACCCCCGUCGCCUCCAUCGAGAUGACGGAGGAUCGCAAGGUCUUCGCGGAGAAGAUGGAAGAGAUCGGGGAGCACGUGGCACCCAGCGAGGCUGCUACCUCCCUGGAGCAGGCACAGGCAGCGGCCGAGCGUUUGGGGUACCCGGUGCUGGUGCGCUCUGCCUACGCCCUUGGGGGGCUGGGCUCUGGCUUCGCCAACAGCCGGGAGGAGCUGGUGGCCCUGGUGAGCCAGGCCUUCACCCACACCUCCCAGGUGCUGGUGGACAAGUCCCUCAAGGGCUGGAAGGAGAUUGAGUACGAGGUGGUGCGGGACGCCUACAACAACUGUGUCACGGUGUGUAACAUGGAGAACCUGGACCCGCUGGGGAUCCACACGGGCGAGUCCAUCGUGGUGGCGCCCAGCCAGACUCUCAAUGACACCGAGUACUUCAUGUUGCGGCGCACGGCCAUCAAGGUGGUGCAGCACCUGGGCAUCGUGGGCGAGUGCAACAUCCAGUUCGCCCUCAACCCCGAGUCGGAGCAGUACUACAUCAUCGAGGUGAACGCCCGGCUCUCCCGCAGCUCAGCCCUGGCCAGCAAGGCCACCGGCUACCCGCUGGCCUACGUGGCCGCCAAGCUGGCCCUGGGCAUCCCCCUACCCGUCCUCAGGAACUCCGUCACCAACUCCACCACAGCCAACUUCGAGCCCAGCCUGGACUACUGCGUGGUGAAGAUCCCGCGCUGGGACCUCAGCAAGUUCCUGCGUGUCAGCACCAAGAUCGGCAGCUCCAUGAAGAGCGUGGGGGAGGUCAUGGCCAUCGGGAGGAACUUCGAGGAGGCGUUCCAGAAGGCGCUGAGGAUGGUGGAUGAGAACUGCGUGGGCUUUGACCACAUGGUGAAGCCGGCCUCGGACGUGGAGCUGGAGACGCCGACGGACAAGCGGAUCUUUGUGCUGGCGGCGGCGCUGCGGGCCGGGUACUCCAUCGAGCGGCUGUACGAGCUGACCAAGAUCGACCGGUGGUUCCUGCACAAGAUGAAGAACAUCACGGACCACGCGGUGCUGCUGGAGUCGUACCGCGGCGAGCAGGGCACCAUGCCCCCCGCCGUGCUCCAGCGUGCCAAGCAG